AUGACUAAAGGGACUGUGUUGAACAAAUUGCAAUAUCCUUCAACGGACAUUGAAAUUAAGCGAAUGGAAGCAGUUCCAUAUGCUUCAGCGAUUGGUUCUAUCAUGUAUGCUAUGUUAUGUACUAGACAAGACGUCUCUCAUGCUUUAAGCAUGACUAGUCGUUAUCAGCAAACUCCUAGCUUCGCCCAUUGGACUGUUGUAAAGAAUAUUCUGAAGUAUCUGAGAAGAACUAAAGAUAUGUUCUUAGUAUUUGGAGGAGUAGAAGAAGAGCUCACUGUAAGAUGUUACACUGAUACCAGUUUUCAAACUGACCGAGAUGACUCUCGCUCACAAUCAGGUUUUGUAUUCACUCUAAAUGGAGGAGCUACCUCAUGGAAGAGCUCCAAGCAGAGUGUGGUGGCGGAUUCAACCACCGAAUCUGAAUAUAUAGCCGCAUCAGAUGCUGCAAAGAAGGCUGCUUGGAUGAAGAAAUUCAUAACCGACCUCGAUGUGGUUCCAAGCAUUAAGAAACCCGUCGAGAUAUUCUGUGAUAACACCGGUGCUAUUGCUUAA